AUGUUGAUGGCAAUGUGCUCCCAGUUAGGAACAUCACAUUCGUGGACUCCAACACAGUGCCACCUAAAUGCCCCCACCAAAACAUUCCAAAAAACCAAAUUGACACACUCAAUGCCUCCUGAGAAGAAAGAAAUUUUCAAGUCAUUAGAGAGUUGGGUAUCAGAACGUGUAUUGCCACUGGCCAAACAUGUGGAGGAAUGCUGGCAGCCACAUGAUUUCUUGCCAAACUCAACAUUACCGUCAGACGAGUUCAUCGAUCAAGUGAAGGAGUUAAGGGAUCGAACGGCUGGGCUUCCGGACGAUUAUCUGGCAGUUCUGGUGGGUAACAUGAUCACUGAGGAAGCAUUGCCUACAUACCAAUCCUAUUUAAACAACUUGGAUGGUGGGGUUGCAGAUGAGACCGGUGCAAGCAACAAUCCAUGGGCUAUAUGGUCGCGAUCAUGGACUGCGGAGGAGAAUAGACAUGGAGAUUUGCUCAAAACAUAUCUCUAUCUAACUGGUCGAGUUGAUAUGCAAAUGGUCGAAAAGACUAUCCAAUACUUGAUUGGAGCUGGCAUGGAUAUAGGAACUGAAAAUAACCCGUAUAUGGGCUUUGUGUAUACAUCUUUUCAAGAACGAGCCACUUUUGUGUCGGACGGUUGUUUGGCUCGACUGGCUAGGGAAAGGGGUGAUCGAAUUCUUUCAUGCAUAUGUGGAACGAUUGCUGCGGAUGAGAAGCGUCAUGAGAUUGCAUAUGAGAGGAUUGUUGAGAGACUUUUAGAAGUGGACCCCACAGAGACGAUGAUAGCCAUAUCAAAAAUAUUGAGUGGACAUAUAACGAUGCCCGGGCACUUGAUGCAUGAUGGACGAGACCCACAUCUCUUUAGCCAUUUCUCUGCUGUGGCACAACGCAUUGGUGUCUACACGGUUAGUGACUACAUUGAUAAUCUAGAGUUCUUGAUUAGACAAUGGAGAUUGGAGAAGAUAGAAGGUUUAACCAGUGAGGGAAAACAUGCACAAGAGGUCGUGUGUGGACAUGUAUCCAGGAUUAGGAGGCUACGAGAGCGUGCUGAUGAGCGGGUGCAAAAGAUGAGACCUACGUUUAGUUGGAUCUUCAAUAAAAAGAGUCCUUAUGUUUGA